AUGAGGUGCAAAAAGCACGCCGCUGAUCUCAGCAGCGGCGUCGGCGUCUGCGCCUCCUGCCUCCGCGACCGCCUCUUCGCUAUAAUGGAGGCGCAGGCGCUGAAACAAUCGCAGCAGCAGCAGCAGCAGCAAAAUCCACCGCCUCUCUCGUUCCCGCGAUCGGUCUCCCCUUACAUCUCUCGCCGGCCGACGGAUACCGCCGCCGCGACCUGGCAAAUCCACGGCUACGAGCGGAGCCUCUACACCACGCCGCAGCUUGCCCCCGCCGCGGCGGGUGAAAUUAGCCACGGGAAAGGCCACCGCGGCGGCAGAUUUUCGUCUCUGUUUUCAGGUCUGUUCAGAUCGAAAUCUGACAAACACGAUUUCAAUUCGAGCUCUGAUCAAGGGGUUUCCGGUCAAUCCUGCUCCGCCUCACCCUUUCGGUUCUCCAGCAUGAUCCCCGGGCGCCGGAGGAAGCAGAUUCGGUCGUUCUCGGUGGACGAGAGCUCGAUCGGCGCGCAGCAGAGUUCGUGCCGGAAUCGAGACCGCGGAAUGUCGCCGGCGAGAUGCUCCGACGAGGAGGAGGACGAGCAUUGCCACGGAGGAUCGAGCGGCUACUCGUCGGAGUCGUCGCAGGGGUGGAGGCAGACGCCGCGGAGGACUCCGGCGCGUUCGCGGCGGAGGGGAGGCGGCGGCUGCCAGAAUCGGAACCUCUCAGGAUUGGCGUUCUGCUUGAGUCCUCUGGUCCGAGCCAGCCCGAGCCGGCAGUGGAAUCAGAAGGGGAUUCCGCCGGAGGCAGUCCUCCCCGGCGAGACGAGGGUUCCGGCGAAGCCUCAUCUCUCCGCAGCGGCGUCGUUUUGUAAGAACCGGUCGCGGAAGCUCGCCGAUUUCGGGAGGUACAAUUCAAGGCAUUGA